CUCACACCAGUAAGACAAGUGACACCAACACCAAAGUUUCAAUGGAACGCGCUAUAACCUAAAAACUGCUAACAACAAAGCUUUAUUUUUAUUGGAAAACUCAUUUAUUAUAUAGUUUUCGUUUAAAGAAUCCAGAUAAAGAACAAUGGGUGACGAGGAUGUGAUUCGCAGAAGACUGCUGAUUGAUGGAGACGGAACAGGUGACGACCGGCGCCUUAACGUAUUGCUGAAAACAUUGAUAAAAUGGUGCAACAGUGCCGACGAAAAACCUGAAGAAAGCAAAUCGACACAUGAUCGCAUGCUAGCUCAGCUUGCACAAUGCGAAUUCGCUGUCACAAAAUCACAACUAGCAUCCGAAAUGAUGUCUGCAGAGCUAAAUAGUUAUGAAGCAUUAUCCAAGGUACUUGAAAAAGGCAUAGAGGUUGCUAAAGAUAACAUUGAUAAGAGCAAAGCAGAUUUAGCUCAAGCAAAGACCGUCCGUAAAAACCGCACUGAAUAUGAUGUACUGGCAAAGGUAAUAAGUGAACAGCCAGACAGAAAGGAGACUUUAGAACGUCUUGCCACUUUGAAAACGGAAUUGAACAGUUUAGAAACAACGAAGCAGCAACUUGAAAGUCGCUUAGCGUUAAGAAAAAAACAGUUCCAUGUAUUAGUUACUUCAAUUCAUCAGUUACAGGCAUUAUUGGACGAGCCAGAUGAUAUGGAGUCUAUUUCAGAUGAUAUAGAGAUGAAAGAAGUGGCGAAUGAGUCUAAGGUCUUAUAAUUGGUCCAUUAACAAUCAUGUAAAUAGUAGUGAUAAAUUCAUUAAGAUAGGAUGUUUUUUAAAUGUAAAAUGCUAUUAAUAAAGUGCAUUGCACCCCAUAAAGGGAAAAGAGGACAACACAAUAUAACAAGUGUCCAACAGUU